AGACUUAUCCAGUAACGUGUGCCGUCCGGAAGAAUAUAUCGGUGCACCAUAGAAAGUAUUGAGUUAAAAUUCCGAUCGUUUAAAUAACGAACAAACUUGUUUGCAUGAUUGUGUCGAAAAAUAAUCUCGAAAAUGUCUGAGGAGGACGGUAAGAGCCAGGGCAUGAAGGUCAUGGGGAUCCUUGACAUCCAGAAUACGCCUUGUGCUCGGGAAUCUAUUCUACAUGGUGCAGGUGGUUCACUGGUGGCAGGGUUAGUGCACUUUUUGGCAACAAGUAGAGUAAAGAGGUCGUUUGAUGUGGGUGUUGCAGGAUUCAUGCUUACGACACUGGGUUCAUGGUUUUACUGCAGAUAUAAUAAUGCCAAGGUGCGUGUACAGCAAAGAAUUAUUCAGGAUGGCAUAAAAAAUAAAGUCAUGUAUGAAGGCACAAAUUUAGACCCCAUACAGAAGAAGAGAGGGGAUCAGUAAAAGUUCCUUGUCUGAGAACAUAUUAAUGCCUUCAAUGUGAAUGAUACUUUAUUUAUUGUACAGUGAAAUGUUUGUAAUGUUUUAAUUAAAGCUGAUACAUUGAAAAUUUCAA